GCAGAGAUGUCCCACCAGUAGUCGUAGCUCCUCUCUCCCUCUAUCACUGUCUCUCUGUCUCUCUCUGUCUCUCUCUCUGUCUCUCUGUCUCUCUCUGUCUCUCCUCCGUUCAUCCCUGCUUAGGCCUGGAGGGAAUUAUUCUUUAUUGAGCUCUUUGCUUUGCCUCUGUUUUCCUCUUAUUCCCAUCCUUGCCUUUGCCAUCCUAUUCCCCCUGCCUGUUUCUCUCUCAUUCUGCCAUUCCUUUGUGUCUCUCUCUGCUGUCUCUUUCCUUCUCUCUAUUUCUCACCACUGUCCCCCCAGUCUGUACCCCCAGUCUGUCCCCCGAGUCUCUGCCUUACCUGCUCCUUCUGGUUCUGUCUCAUUCUCUUUCUUCCCAUCCCCCUGUCUGUGUGUCCCCUCUAUGUCCCCCCUCAGUCUGUCUCAUUCUCUAUUCCCUACUUUCUCAUUCUGACCCUCUGUGCCAUUUUCUACCAUCUCAUCCCAUUCUCUCAGUCUCCUCCUGUGGCCGUGUAUCUGUCUCUGUACCCCUCUAUCUCUCCUCCUUUUUCUACCUUCCCUCCUGUUUCACCUUCUCUCCUCUCUCUAUUGCUUUUUGGCUUCACUUUUUGUGUCUCUCUGGACUGGAACCCUCCCCCUCCCUCUGUCUUUCAUCUGUCUCUGUCCAUCCCCCCUUGUCUCGCUGUCUCUCUCGUUACACACCUGCUAAUGCACUCUCUUUCCCCUCCAUCUCUUUCCCUAUUGCACCUCUCCAUCCCCUUGUCCCUGACUCCCUCCUCUCUGCUCCUCCCCUGCCCCUCAUCUGUUCUGCGCUGCUUUUCCUCUGCAAUACUUUCCCUUUCCACCCUCUCUCCUGCCUGACCUCCCCAUAUCUCCAUUAUCUCUGUGCACCUCUCUCAGGACUCUUCUUCCUCUUCCCAUACAAUAUGCAAGUUUCCUUUGCCUGCACUGAGCAGACACUAAGAAGUAGGACCAGUGAAGAUAGACUGUGUCUCACUCGCCCCUCAGGGGGGCAAAAUGGGGUCAGCAUGGGGCAGACCAAACAACGGACACCCCCUACGGGGGCAAAAAAUCCUAAUCAAGUGCUGCCCCUGCUGUCUCAUAUCCUCCGCGAGUCCACCGGCAAGUCUACGGGCAUGAAAUACAGGAAUUUGGGAAAAUCUGGUUUAAGAGUUUCCUGCCUGGGGCUGGGUACUUGGGUAACCUUUGGCUCCCAGAUCUCUGAUGAGGUAGCAGAAAGCCUAAUGACGACGGCAUUUGAGCAUGGAGUCAAUCUGUUUGACACGGCAGAGGUUUAUGCUGCUGGAAGAGCAGAGAGGACGCUGGGAAAAAUCCUUAAGAAGAAGGAAUGGAGGCGUUCCAGUUACGUGGUAACCACGAAAAUCUACUGGGGAGGACAAGCAGAAACAGAGAGGGGGCUGUCUCGGAAACACAUCAUUGAAGGUCUCCGUGGGUCUCUUGAACGCCUGCAGCUGGAUUACGUUGAUAUAGUGUUUGCAAACAGAAUGGAUGCCAACAGUCCAAUGGAAGAAAUUGUUAGAGCCAUGACUUUUGUUAUUAACCAAGGGAUGGCAAUGUACUGGGGGACAUCACGCUGGAGUGCUAUGGAAAUCAUGGAAGCUUAUUCCGUGGCGCGGCAGUUCAACCUGAUUCCGCCAGUGUGUGAGCAGGCGGAGUAUCAUCUAUUCCAACGUGAAAAGGUCGAGACUCAGUUACCUGAGCUGUACCACAAGAUAGGGGUUGGCUCUAUGACAUGGUCACCUCUAGCAUGCGGACUUAUUACCGGCAAAUACUUGGACAGUGUUCCAGAAAAAUCACGAGCAUCUUUUAAGGGCUAUCACUGGCUUAAGGAGAAAGCCGUCAGUGAAGAUGGCAAAAAGCAGCAUUCAAAGGUAAAAGAACUGCACCCAAUUGCUGAUCGUCUCAACUGCACAGUCACCCAACUCGCUAUUGCUUGGUGUCUGCGCAGUGAAGGGGUGAGCUCUGUACUUCUGGGGGUGUCCAACAGUGACCAGUUACUAGAGAACCUGGGAGCCAUUCAGGUACUGCCUCACCUGACGCCUCAGCUCAUAAUCGACAUUGACCAGAUUCUAGGAAACAAACCAAACGUAAAGAAAGAUUCCCGAGCAUGAGAGCCUGUUCUCCACACUUUGGAAUCUCAUCAAGUCCCAUUGCAGGUGGGAUAAAUCACGCUAGCCUGGUGCAUGGUUCCCCCCUCUGGUAGUGCUGAGAGAGUGGGAGGAGAAACUUUACCAGCAAUAAGGAGGAUAAAUCCCUGCUUGUCACUACGGGGUCACACAUGCAUUAUAUCAUGUCACCCUGCAGAGGGAGAGGCAUAACUCAAAGUGGCCUGUACCACACUAUAGAGAGGGGCUUUUAGCUCCAUAUACAUAUACCCCGUAAAAGGAGCACUUGACUCAUGGCUUCCUUCUGUCUGCACCAUUCUGCAGAUGUAGGGACAGACUCAUAACUGCAUUUUAUGUCAUUGAGAAGUCAGAUUCACAUCUUUUAGGUACAAGUUUCCUUCUGUUAAUGGUGAGGAGUCCACAUGCCAUCAUUUAUUCAUGUUCCUAGCCCACCCGUGGCUACUCUAGCUAAAAGUUGACCUAUUUUACUCCAUCACGUAUCAAUAACAAGACAUCUCUUUAGAACACAACUGUAGGCGCCGCUAAUUCUGCAUGUUCUGGAAACAUGAAGCCAGAAUCUCUUUGUUGGAUUAAAGCUAAUAUGCCUGUGAACCAAAUCUGGAAAAAACAACUAUAAAUGCAACUGACUGACA